AAAAAUUUCGACUUAUUUUUUAGUUGCCAAUCUCCAGCUUCCGCCCAAUAUGCGAUAUCAAGACAUUUUGCUCGGUAUUGCCGUGGCCUGUCUAAUGGGUUUCAUUUGCGCCGACGCGAAAACCGUUUUCCGACGAGCAGAUAAAAUAUCUCACCCCUUUCAGCGUCUCAAUUUACCUCCGGAAGAAAUAGAUCCAAAUGUUGCGCCACCUGAACCACAACAAAUCGAAUCACUCAACUCAGAAGACGUUUCGGGUCCUGGUGCUGAUGAAACUACGCAGUUUGCGGAUGAAGUCGUUGAUCAGGCAGAGGAAGUAGCUGCCGCUGUCGUAGAUGAGGCGGCAAAUGAGAUAGUGGACGCCGUUACUACUGCAUCUGCAGUGGCUACACCGGUUGCAGCGGCAGUAGCUGCUUCUCCGGCAGCCGCUUCGGGCGGCUCGGCUGUCAGCGCGGCAGUGACCGAAGCUACACCAGUACAGAAUCAGGAUGAUCCAAAUCCAAUUAGCAAAUAUUGUAAAUGUACCGACGAUCACUGCGAUUGCUGUCGGCAAUUCAAUUUGCCUAUAAUUCCCGUGCGCGGUCCCGGUUGUGCAAAGAUUACCUAUUUGGGCAAUGAGCGUAUGUCGGUAUCGCUUAAAUAUGGAGACAUUACAUUGGCGACUCGCACGAUUUCGGGCAAACGCGCCAAACCCAUAUGUGUGGGCCUACCCGGUGGUUACUCUAAAUUCUGUGGACGCGUUUAUGGUCUGUCAAAAGCUAAGAAUGAUUUCAAGGCUUGCUUGGGCUUUGAGUUGCGCGCUGAGGAUGAGGUGGAGGCAGCAUUGCGCAUUUCAUGCUUCAAAUUUGGACCUGAGGGUCUAAGAGUGGCUGAAGCUGAACCGCUACCCACCGAGGUGAAUAAGGACGAAGAUGAUGAUGACAUUUUCGGUUUCGGAGCUGGUGGCGAUGAUGACGAGGAUGAUGACUACGACGACGAGCCGGAGGAAGCCGACGAGACCGAUGAAGAGGAGGACGAAACGGAUGAAGAUGAUGAAGUCGAGGAAGAUGAUGACGCAGAGGCCCCCGCCGAUGCUGAUUAUGGUGGCUUUAGCUUGGCCGGUCUGCUCGAUGAAUUGGACGAUGAUGAUGAAGAGAAACCAACAGCAGCUGUCACUCCUGCUGUAGCUGCUACACCGGCUGCGCCCGCUACACGGAUUGCUGAAAACAAAGACACUGCACAGGGGAAAGAGGAUAGCGACACCGAAGCGGCGGUAGCGAGUGAUCAUAGUGCCGUCGCGCCAAUUGAUGAAACGGCUGCUGUAACACCCGCACCCGCAGCUGUUGAUGCUUCCACAGUGAAGUCGAAGAAAAAAUCGAAGAAGGCGCGCAAACAAAAGAAAAAGAAGGCCGCCUCGACGGGCGAAAAUGAUUUUGCCCUUGAAAUUUUGAACGGCAUACUGGAUUUUUUCAAUUAAGCCUGCAAAACGGACUUGCAGGCAUGUAUGGGAAUAGUGUAAAUACGAUUUAUUAAAGCGAAUUGAAUGCGACCGCUUUAAUUUAAAAAAAAAAAAAACACAAAAGAAACAAAGUUAGGUUAGACGAGUAAAAAUAUUUAUUUAAUUUAUUUUAUUGUGAGUAUAUGUAUCUAGUAAGUAUUUCGAUAUAAAAAUUUGUAUAUCUGUAAGUGAAUAAGUCAAAAUUAAUUAAAUAUCAAAAUCCCGUAGUUCUUAAUUGACUUUCACUCGUCGAAGCGUGAAGUAGCCCUGUUUGAUUGAAUUUCGGUGUUAGACCGCAUAAAGAAAAAUAAAAAUCUGGUCAACAUUUUGCCCAUCAACUUUAA